AUGGCUUUUGUCUUCAGACGAUGGAGGGUCUUACUGGUGCUCAACGUGCUCGCCGUCGCCGGGUUCAUGACUUUCUGGGCCAAAUGCAACAACACACGCAGCAUACAAGCCGUCGGUCCGGAGGCUCCGGUGGUGCUGAAGAGGCUCCGGACCAACCUGACGGUGCAGGGGCCCGGAGUCAGCCAGGAGGUGCUGCUGAAGAGACUCAGCUCGCUGGAGGAUGUGGUGUACAGGCAGCUAAACGGUCUGUCCAAAUCUCUGGGUCUGAUCGAGGGCUUCGGGGGUCGGGGUAAAGGCGGCCUCCCCGCCACGCUGUCGCCGGCCGAGGAGAGCGACGCUAAAUACCUGAGGGAGAAGUACGGCUACAACUCCUACCUCAGUGACAGGAUCUCGUUGGAUCGGACCAUACCGGACAACCGGCCCGGCAAAUGCAGAAAGGUCAGCUACCCGAGAGAUCUCCCCCAGAUCUCCCUCAUCUUCAUCUUCGUCAACGAGGCUCUGUCGGUGAUCCUGCGCUCAGUCCACUCGGCUGUCAAUCACACGCCGGCUCACUUGCUCAAAGAAAUCAUCCUGGUGGACGACAACAGCGAUGACGAGCAGCUGAAAGGACCGCUGGAGGAGUACGUGAACAAGCGCUAUCCCGGCCUGGUGAAGAUUGUCAGGAACCAGAAGAGAGAGGGACUGAUCCGGGCCAGGAUCGAGGGCUGGAAGGUGGCCACCGCCGAGGUGACGGGAUUUUUUGACGCCCAUGUGGAGUUCACCCCGUCCUGGGCCGAGCCGGUUCUGGACCGAAUAAAAGAGGACCACAAGAGGAUUAUUCUGCCUUCAAUCGACAACAUCAAGCAUGACACCUUCGAGGUGGAGCGCUACGAGAACUCGGGCCACGGCUACAACUGGGAGCUGUGGUGCAUGUACAUCAACCCGCCCAAACAGUGGUGGGAUGAAGGGGACAUAUCUGCUCCCAUCAGGACUCCCGCCAUGAUCGGCUGCUCCUUCGUGGCCAACCGCGACUACUUCGGCGAGCUCGGCCUGCUCGACUCGGGCAUGGACGUCUAUGGAGGGGAGAACAUCGAACUGGGCAUCAGGGUGUGGCUGUGUGGAGGCAGCAUGGAGGUGCUGCCCUGUUCCAGGGUGGCUCACAUCGCACGGAUGAAGAAACCCUACCACAGCAACAUAGCUUUCCACACGCGGCGUAACGCUCUACGCGUGGCCGAAGUCUGGAUGGAUGAAUACAAGUCCAACGUCUACCUGGCCUGGAACAUCCCCAUGGAGAACCACGGUAUUGAUUACGGAGACAUCUCUCAGAGGGCUGCGCUAAGGAAGAGUCUGCAGUGUAAGAGCUUUGAGUGGUACCUCGACAAUGUUUACCCAGAGAUGAGGAGGUACAACAACACGCUGUUCUACGGCGAGAUUCGUAACUCUAAAGCGAGCCACCUGUGUAUGGAUCAGGGCAUGAAGGAGAACCACACGGCCACCCUGCACCCUUGCCACGGAUGGGGUCCUCAGUUAGGGCGUUACACCAAAGAGGGUCAGCUGUUCCUGGGCCCGCUGGGCAGCACCGGGGACGACACUCGCUGUGUGGUGGACGAUCAGAUCAGCAGUUUUCCUCAGCUCCUCAACUGUGACAAGGUGACCAACGUGAAGCAGAAGAAAUGGCAUUUCUCUCAGAAUGAAUCGCUCAUAAACCGAGCCACGGGGCGCUGUCUGGAGGUGGUACCGGCUAACGUUUACUUCGGCCACCUGCUUGUCCUGCACCCCUGCUCCGGGCAGAGGUGGACCAUCAAGAACGCCAUGAAGCAGUAG